UUAAAAGCACUUCCAAAGAAAUUCGAAUUGCAUCCCCUUCGUCUUGGAGACGCGCUUCUGACAGAGGCUGAAACCCCUCUGUAAAACAAUGGCUUCCUCCAACACUCCCAAAUCCCAUAAAUCUCCCAAAGCCAAGAAAGGAGAAAUCUCCACCACCCAAAUUAAAGCGAAGGAGAAAAUUCGAGACAUCACCAAAGAGGAGAACCAAAAGAAGAAGAAUAAGAAGCCCAAGCUCAGCAAUGGCAAUUCCAAACACCCACACGAAAAGGGCGCAGAAGGAAGCGGCGAAGAUGGGAAAGCCAACGUGUUUCCCAUGAAUCGUAUCAGGACCAUGAUCAAGGGCGAAGAUCCUGAUAUGCGUGUUUCGCAGGAAGCGGUGUUAGCCAUCAACAAAGCUGUGGAGAAGUUUCUUGAGCAAUUCACGCAGGACGCUUAUGCUUGUUGUGUCCAGGACCGCAAGAAAUGUUUGAGUUACAAGCACGUUGCAAAUGUUGUUAGUAAGAAGAGGAGAUACGACUUUCUUUCCGAUUUUGUUCCUGAGAAAGUGAAAGCUGAGGAUGCAUUAAGAGAGAGAGAUGCAGCAGGCAAUGGAGUAUUUCAGAAAAUCUAAAGCGAGCUAAUGGAGAAUCUAAACUAUAGUACAUUAUAGAAUCAUGUCACAUUUUGUAACGACAUGCUUUAGGAUCAGUAUUACUGUUUUCUAAUUUUCAAUAUUUUAUUUAUUUUCGCACUUCUCUUUCUUAAUAGUUUUAUUCUCGUAGUUGUAUUACUGUAUAUGGUUUUUCAGUGACCAGGCAUGCUUAAUGCUUGAGUCUGUUUUGGUAGCAUGCUGCAAAUUUUCCCGUGGAAAGCUGUGGAACACAAAUGAUUUUUACCA